CCUCAGAGCCGCGGCCAUGGCGGCGGGCUUCGUGAGGGAGCUGGAGCGGCGGGGCGGCCCGGCGCUGCGGCUGGAGCAGCGGGCGGCGGGCGGCGUGGGCUGCGUGGUGUGGGACGCCGCGCUGGUGCUCGCCAAGUUCCUGGAGACCGGCGCCUGCCCCCUCGCCCGCCGAGCCGUCCUCGAGCUGGGCGCCGGCACCGGCGCCGUCGGUAUCAUGGCGGCCACGCUGGGGGCGAACGUGACGGUCACCGACCUUGAGGAGCUCCAGGAGCUGUUGAUGGUGAAUAUAGAGAACAACAAACAUCUCGUCACGGGGUCAGUCCGAGCCAAGGUACUGAAAUGGGGUGAAGAUGUAACAGAGUUUCAGCCUCCCCCUGAUUACAUACUCAUGGCUGAUUGCAUUUACUACGAGGAGUCGUUAGAACCGUUACUGAAGACACUGAAAGACCUCACUGGCCCUGAUACGUGUGUCUUGUGCUGUUAUGAACAGAGGACUAUGGGAAAGAAUCCUGAAAUAGAGAGGAGGUACUUUGAGCUGCUUCAGAUGGACUUCGAGCUGGAAAAAAUUCCCCUGGAUAAGCACGAUGAGGAGUAUCGCAGCGCAGACAUCCACAUUGUGAAUAUCCACAGGAAACAAGCAGUAGGUUAAUUUGGCUGGCACGGUGCGCGUUGCCAGGAGUUAACAAAGCUGCUGUUUACUUGGCACCGUUGGAGCGUUCCGCAGUCGAAGCUGUAAACUGACUGUGAAAUACCGUUAGGGACCCCGUGGAACUACAAACCAGAACUGCACUGGUACAAAGGAGCUCUUUUGUUCCAAAGCCCAGCGCUCUGCCAGGUGCCAUCCUUUGACUUCAGCAGGGCCGUCUUCGAGCCGUGCGCUGACUUUCUCUUCUGUUUCCGCACUGCGUAGCGCGGUAGAAUCGCAAAACUGGAGUUUUGAAGCACCAAAGUAAUAAAAAACAACGUGCCCACUGCUGCUUUC